CUCGUGUAGCAGCGGCAGCGGUGAUGCCACCACCACCACCACCAGAUCCAACGCAACGGCAGGGAGGAGUGCUGGCACAAGGAGGAGUGCCACCACAGGUAGCCGUACAAACCCCGGGCCAACAAAUGGUGGCAAUGACCCGGGAGGCAAUGACCCCGGAGUCCUCCUCACUACAAACAUCAUCAUCACACUCCUCCACAACAUCACCAACACCGUCAUCACCACUCGGGUCAAUCAAAUCAUCAAACAAAUUUUUCCCAAGUCCAUCAACAACAUCAAUCCCCGAAUCCGUACAAUCCUCCUUAAUAAUCGAAUCAAAGUCCAAUGCACCAUCAACAAAAGAGAGAUUUGACGUACCUAUCGUAGAUUGUAAGGCCACGUCGUCAAUAGGAGGAAUUUCUUUAACACUUAGCUCGUCAAUGUCCUCAAUCAUCUCGAGAG